CUAUAGAACAGCUCAUAACUAAAAUUCAGUUGCAUAUUACAACACUUCCCACGGUAACUACUAGAACUAUAGACGAAAAAUGUGCGAUUUCAGCAAAUAUGGCAUUCCCAGCGAGGAAUGGGUGCGUCUAGCUGCAACCCUACCACCUCCACCCACAGAUCUGACCAUCGAGCAAUUAAAAGAGGUUACCAAUGGCGCUCGAGAGACCGCCGCGGAAGCUGGGAUGAAAGAGCUCUCGUCAAAGGUUUUACUACAAGAUUACUCGAUUCCGACACGCGAUGGCCAGCAAUUGGAAGCUCGGGUUUAUCGGCCAUCGGCGCGUCCUAGGAACGAAACAUUACCCAUCUACCUACACCUCCAUGGAGGCGGUUUUCUUUUCGGUACGAUCAAGACGGAGGAUGUAACCUGCUCCAAGCUCGCCAUUAAUGCGGAGACCGUAGUUCUCAACGUUAAUUACCGACAUACUCCAGAGCACCCAUAUCCGACCGCGUGGAACGACACUGAAGAUGCUUUGGUUUGGCUAUGCAAGAAUUCUUCGCUGUUUCACGGCAACCUCGACAAAUUAGUAAUAGGUGGAGUUUCUGCAGGUGGAAUGUUGAGUACUUCAGUUGUGCAGUCAGCAUUGCGAUCAGAAUUGGAGCUUUCACCCAAACCUAGGAUUUUAGGCCAAGUCUUGAUGAUUCCAGUUCUAGUCUACGAGGCCUUCUGGGAAUCUCAAAUAAAACAAAUAAAAGAGCCCAGUCUCUCAUCCUACCAGCAAAAUGCAGAGGCCCCUCUUCUUAGCGUGAAGACUAUCAAUUUCUUCAAUAAACUCCUAAAGGUUGAGAAUCCGGAUCCUAAUGACAGAAGAUUCAGUCCGGGACUGUUGACCGCUGAAGAAGCGAAAUAUCUGCCACCUACGACAUUUGGUCUAGCAGGAUAUGAUCCUUUGCGAGAUGAUGGAUUUCUGUAUGCAAAGCUACUGACAGAAAACGGGGUACCUACAAACAUCAACGUCUUCAAGGGCGUUCCCCAUGGGUUUAGACGUUUUGACAACUCGUUAUCUGCGAGCAAAGAUUAUGACCGGAUCAUGGAAGAGGGUAUUAAAUGGGCCUUGACAAAUCCAGCUGCGACGGGACAAUUUGUAGUCAAUGAAUAUUGAGUUCAUCCUUCUAUAAUUUACCUGUCAAUUUCUAAUUGCAAUGUAUAUCGGCCGAUGGACAAGAUGUACUCCUCAUAUUAUCUAGCCUGAAUUGAUAGAUUGAUGAUU